AUGGAGCCCCCGGCCGCCCCCUCGGAGAGGAGCCUGUCUCUAUCCCUGCCUGGGCCUCGGGAAGGCCAGGCUACCCUGAAGCCACCCCCCCAGCACCUGUGGCGGCAGCCGCGGACCCCUAUCCGUAUUCAGCAGCGCGGCUACUCGGACAGCGCAGAGCGCGCGGAGCCCGAACGGCCGCCGCACCGGCCCAUCGAGCGUGCCGACGCCGUGGACAACAGCGACCGGCCUGGCCUGCGCACGUCCCGCAUGUCCUGGCCCUCGUCCUUCCACGGCACUGGCAGCGGCGGCACGGGCGGAGGCAGCUGCAGGCGCUUUGAGGCAGCAGAGAAUGGACCCACACCAUCGCCUGGCCGCAGCCCCCUGGACUCGCAGGCGAGCCCAGGACUUGUGCUGCAUGCUGGGGGGGCCACCAGCCAGCGCCGUGAGUCCUUCCUCUACCGUUCAGACAGCGACUACGACAUGUCACCCAAGACCAUGUCCCGGAACUCGUCGGUCACCAGUGAAGCACAUGCUGAAGACCUCAUCGUAACACCGUUUGCCCAGGUGCUGGCCAGUCUCCGGAGUGUUCGCAGCAACUUCUCCCUCCUGACCAAUGUGCCCAUUCCCAGCAACAAGCGGUCACCGCUGGGCGGCCCACCCCCUGUCUGCAAGGCCACACUGUCAGAGGAGACGUGUCAGCAGUUGGCCCGGGAGACAUUGGAGGAGCUGGACUGGUGUCUGGAGCAACUAGAGACCAUGCAGACCUACCGCUCUGUCAGCGAGAUGGCCUCUCACAAGUUCAAGAGGAUGCUAAACCGGGAGCUCACACACCUGUCAGAGAUGAGCAGGUCAGGAAACCAGGUCUCUGAGUACAUCUCCACCACGUUCCUGGACAAACAGAACGAAGUGGAGAUCCCGUCACCCACAAUGAAGGAGCGAGAAAAACACCAAGUGCCCUGGCAGCAGCGACCCUCCCAGCAGCCCCCAGCCCCUGUGCCGCACUUCCAGCCCAUGUCUCAGAUCACGGGCGUCAAGAAACUGAUGCACAGCAGCAGCCUGAACAACUCGGGUGUCCCCCGCUUUGGGGUGAAGACCAAUCAAGAGGAGCUCCUGGCCCGAGAACUGGAGAACCUGAACAGGUGGGGCCUGAACAUCUUCUGUGUGUCGGAUUAUGCCGGAGGCCGCUCCCUCAGCUGCAUCAUGUACACAGUAUUUCAGGAGCGGGAUCUGCUGAAGAAGUUCCGCAUCCCGGUGGACACCAUGGUGACGUACAUGCUGACGCUGGAGGACCACUACCAUGCAGACGUGGCCUACCACAACAGCCUGCAUGCGGCCGACGUGCUGCAGUCUACACAUGUGCUUCUGGCCACACCUGCGCUGGAUGCCGUGUUCACGGACCUGGAGAUUCUCGCGGCCCUCUUCGCGGCUGCCAUCCACGAUGUGGACCACCCUGGGGUCUCCAACCAGUUCCUUAUCAACACCAAUUCGGAGCUGGCGCUCAUGUACAACGACGAGUCGGUGCUCGAGAACCACCACCUGGCCGUGGGCUUCAAGUUGCUGCAGAACGACAACUGCGACAUCUUCCAGAACCUCAACAAGCGCCAGCGACAGAGCCUGCGCAAGAUGGUCAUCGACAUGGUACUGGCCACCGACAUGUCCAAGCACAUGACCCUCCUGGCUGACCUGAAGACCAUGGUGGAGACUAAGAAAGUGACCAGCUCGGGGGUCCUCCUGCUGGACAACUACUCAGACCGAAUCCAGGUCCUAAGGAACAUGGUGCACUGUGCUGACCUCAGCAACCCAACCAAGCCGCUGGAGCUAUACCGCCAGUGGACUGACCGCAUCAUGGCCGAGUUCUUCCAGCAAGGGGACCGGGAGCGAGAGCGCGGCAUGGAAAUCAGCCCCAUGUGUGAUAAGCACACGGCUUCCGUGGAGAAGUCCCAGGUGGGCUUCAUCGACUACAUCGUGCAUCCACUGUGGGAGACGUGGGCUGACCUGGUCCACCCAGAUGCCCAGGAGAUCCUGGAUACACUGGAGGACAACCGGGACUGGUACUAUAGCGCCAUUCGGCAGAGUCCAUCACCACCACCCGAGGAGGAGCCCGGGGGGCUAGGCCACCCACCCCCACCCGAUAAGUUCCAGUUUGAGCUGACUCUGGAGGAGGAAGAAGAGGAAGAGGUGACAGCGGCCCAGCUAACAGCCGCGGCCCAAGAGGCAUUCACAGUGCAAGAGCUGUCCUUGGCCCAGAAAGCAUCCACCAUGGCUGAAGACACAUGUGCACUGGCUCCGGAUGCGUCCCCAGCCAAGGAGCCCUUGGCGGCCAAGAGCCAUGACACAAGCAUAGAGGUAGAGCUAGAGGAAGUGCACUUGAUGCAGCCCGCAGACCCAGCUGAGAACGGGUCUGGGACGCAGGACCAGUCUACAUCCCGAGACGCAUCCGUGGCUUUGAAUGUCGUAAGCCACAGCAGCCCCCCUGCCCUGUCCCCUGAAAGCCCCACUUUGCCUGCCUUGAGGACCCCACCCCCUGAAGUGGCGGCCCCGGGCCUCCAGGGCCUCCCCUCCAUGGCGGCCGAGGUGGGGGCCCAAAGGGAGCAUCAGGUCGCCAAGAGAGCUUGCAGCACAUGUACUGGAACAUCUCGCAAGGACCCGGCCAUACUUCCAGCUCCCAGCGGGUGGGGGUCAAGUGGAGGCCCAGCCUGA